UUCGACUCACGUGGCUAGUUCAAAUACUAUUUUGUGCUGUGAACGGACCCUCUCCAAAGCUCUAGCAAAGCUUUCCAUUAAAAUAUGUGCCUGCCUCCCCCUCACUUUUCCACUCUUUCUUCUCUGGCACCUUUUUUUGAAAGUUGAAACCCUGGCCUCCCUUGAACUUGUGUUUGAUGUUUAACUUGGCUUUGGAAUGGAUUCAAAUGGUAAAGCUGUAAAAUUUAGUGGGGAGAUUGGCAUGGCAGAGAACAAGAAACCCCCCAGUGAUGUGGUUGUCUUGAUCUCUGAGGAUGAAAGGGAUUCUAAGAGUCCUGUUCGACCAUCAAGAUCAACAGUUGAUCCCCCUUUAGUUUCCCAGAUUCCAAAGACUGUGCAAGUCAGUGAUUCCUCACCUGACAUUGCAAGGUAUCCUCCAAGCCCAAGCUCCAACAAACCACCCAAAAUCCCAACUAAUGAAACUCUCACUCGGCGAAAAUCGCUUGCCAGCUCUGUAUUUUCGAAACCCAAGUCAAGAUUUGGUGAGCAAUCUCUACCUAUUGAUGCCAACAUGUUUGAUGAACAACCUGAGCCAAGUGCAAAUUCCCCUUAUAGGAAUGUAUCUAACCGUGCUUCGCCUACUGCUAAAAUGGGUUCUAGUGAUACAUUUAAAGAGACUACAAGAACAGUAUCUAUAUCAGUAACCCCAAGAACACCGUUAAUGGCAUCACCUGGUGGUUUUGGAGGAGUCGAUGAAGAUGAGGAGAUAUAUAAGAAAGUGAGCUCAAGGAAUAAGUUGAAGUAUAACAAAGUUAAGACAAAAGUUCUGAUUGAAUGGCUGGUGUUUCUUUGUCUUUUAGGAUGUUUGCUUGCUAGUUUAUUGGUUAAGAAAUUUGAACACUGGAAACUUUGGGAUUUGAAGAUCUGGAAGUGGAUUGUCCUUGUUAUGGUGACCUUUAGUGGCAUGUUGGUUACUAAGUGGUUUAUACAUUUUGUUGCCUUGUUGAUAGAGUUGAACUUUUUAUUGAGGAAGAAGGUGUUAUAUUUUGUCUUUGGUCUAAAGAAAAGUGUUCAAGUUUGCAUUUGGUUUGGCUUGGUUCUUCUCACAUGGGUUCUGCUUUUCUCAAAUGAGGAACGGUCACAUUCCACUGAGAAGGUUACUAAUUUUAUUACAUGGACUAUAGCAGCUUUACUUAUCGGAUCAUUCUUGUGGCUCUUGAAGACUUUGCUGCUAAAGAUUUUGGCUGCCUCCUUCCAUGUAAAUACAUUCUUUGAUAGGAUUCAAGAAUCAAUCUUUCAUCAGUAUAUUCUACUGACCCUAUCAGGACUUCCAGUUAUGGAGUCUGCUCAGAUGCUGGGGAGAUCAAACAGUGUUGCCAGUCAAUUCAGUUUCCGAAAAACAAUGAAGGGAAAAGAUGGGAAGGAAAAGAAGGAAAAGGCGGUGAUUGAUAUUAAUAAGCUUCAUGAGAUGAAGCGAGAAAAGGUCUCUGCAUGGACCAUGAAAAUGUUAGUUGAUGUAAUAUCUAACUCAGGACUUUCCACUAUCUCUGGCUCGUUAUGUGAAAAUGAUUAUGAUAUAGGAUGUGAGCAAGCAGAUAAGGAGAUCAACAAUGAGGAGGAAGCAAUUGCUGCUGCCUAUCACAUUUUCAGGAAUGUCGCACCGCCUGGUUCCAAGUACAUUGAUGAGUAUGACCUUAAGAGAUUCUUGAUUAAAGAAGAGGUCGAUAUUGUGCUCCCCAUGAUAGAUGUGGCAGAAACUGGACAGAUUGAUAAGAAAGCAUUGACGGAAUGGGUGGUUAAGGUUUAUCAAGGACGCAGAGCUCUAUCGCAUGCUUUGAAUGAUACAAAAACUGCUGUAAAGCAAUUGAACAAGCUUGUGACAUGCAUUCUGAUUGUCAUAAUAAUCAUCAUAUGGCUCCUCAUGGUGGGUAUAGCGACUACUAAAGUGCUUGUCUUUCUGUCGUCACAACUCGUGGUAGCUGCUUUUAUUUUUGGGAAUACUUGCAAGACUAUAUUUGAAGCUAUCAUAUUUGUAUUUGUGAUGCAUCCUUUUGAUGUUGGCGAUCGAUGCGUCAUUGAUGGUGUUCAGAUGACUGUUGAAGAAAUGAAUAUCUUAUCCACAGUAUUCUUGAGGUUUGAUAACGAAAAGAUAUUCUACCCAAAUUCAGUUUUGGCGGUCAAGCCAAUCAGCAAUUUCUACAGAAGUCCUGAUAUGGGUGAUAACUUCGAGUUUUCCAUUGAUUACAGAACACCUGUGGAAAAGAUAGGAGCUUUAAAAGAGAAAAUAAAGAGGUACUUAGAGAAAACUCCCCAGUAUUGGCAUCCAAAUCAUAGUGUUGUGGUGAAGGAGAUUGAAAAUAUGAACAAAAUAAAAAUGGCAGUCUUUUUCAAUCAUACGAUGAACUUUCAGAACUAUGGCGAAAAGAACAGACGGAGAACUGAACUGAUCCUAGAAAUGAAGAAAAUGUUUGAUGACCUGAAUAUAAAAUAUGAUCUUCUUCCUCAGGAAGUUCAUCUUGUCGAACAGAGAGGACACUAGAUGACUUUAUCUUCAAUGAAGAAAAUGUUUUGAUUAAUAGUGUAGCUUCCACCUGGCUCUGCAAUGCUGAAGACUGAUAUUUGUAACAUAGAAGUUUUAUCUGCUAAUAUUUUUUGAUGAAAUUAUGUUGCAAGGGAUUUAUCCUUGUCAGUUUUCACAAAUUUGGUUUCUGAUGUUUUUACCAACUCUUGUGUUCUUCGAGUGUUGGUGGGCAGAGGAGUCAGAAGAGCACUUAUUCUUUCUCCUUUUCUAUAUUA